AUGGAUACGUUAUCAUUAUUUAAUGUGCAUCUGAGCUGUGAGCCCGAACCCACUCCCUUGGUUUUUAUUGAACGUCUGAGGUGUGAGCCCGAACCCACUCCCUUGGACAUUAUUGAACGGCUGAGCUGUAAGUCCGAACCCACUCCCUUGGACUUUAUUGAACGUCUGAGCUGUGAGCCCGAACCCACUCCCUUGGACUUCAUUGAACGUCUGAGCUGUGAGCCCGAACCCACUCCCUUGGACAUUAUUGAACGUCUGACCUGUAAGCCCGAACCCACUCCCUUGGACAUUAUUGAACGUCUGAGGUGUGAGCCCGAACCCACUCCCUUGGGCUUUAUUGAAUGUCUGAGCUGUGAGCCCGAACCCACUCCCUUGGACUUCAUUGAACGUCUGAGCUGUGAGCCCGAACCCACUCCCUUGGACAUUAUUGAACGUCUGAGGUGUGAGCCCGAACCCACUCCCUUGGACUGUAUUGAACGUCUGAGGUGUGAGCCCGAACCCACUCCCUUGGACUUUAUUGAACGUCUGAGCUGUAAGUCCGAACCCACUCCCUUGGACUUUAUUGAACGUCUGAGGUGUAAGCCCGAACCCACUCCCUUGGACUUUAUUGAACGUCUGAGGUGUGAGCCCGAACCCACUCCCUUGGACUUUAUUGAACGUCUGAGGUGUGUGCCCGAACCCACUCCCUUGGACUUUAUUGAACGUCUGAGCUGUGAGCCCGAACCCACUCCCUUGGAUUUUAUUGAACGUCUGAGCUGUGAGCCCGAACCCACUCCCUUGGACUUUAUUGAACGUCUGACCUGUAAGCCCGAACCCACUCCCUUGGACUUUAUUGAACGUCUGAGGUGUGAGCCCGAACCCACUCCCUUGGACUUUAUUGAACGUCUGAGAUGUGAGCCCGAACCCACUCCCUUGGGCUUUAUUGAACAUCUGAGCUGUGAGCCCGAACCCACUCCCUUGGACUUUAUUGAACGUCUGAGAUGUGAGCCCGAACCCACUCCCUUGGACUUUAUUGAACGUCUGAGAUGUGAGCCCGAACCCACUCCCUUGGGCUUUAUUGAAUGUCUGAGGUGUGAGCCCGAACCCACUCCCUUGGACUGUAUUGAACGUCUGAGGUGUGAGCCCGAACCCACUCCCUUGGACUUUAUUGAACGUCUAAGCUGUGAGCCCGAACCCACUCCCUUGGACUGUAUUGAACGUCUGAGGUGUGAGCCCGAACCCACUCCCUUGGACUUUAUUGAACGUCUGAGAUGUGAGCCCGAACCCACUCCCUUGGGCUUUAUUGAACGUCUGAGCUGUGAGCCCGAACCCACUCCCUUGGACUUUAUUGAACGUCUGAGAUGUGAGCCCGAACCCACUCCCUUGGACUUUAUUUAA